AUGUCUGAUACUGAAUAUAUACCCUGGAUUUCACAAUUUACUGAAUUAUUUGGUCAUGAUUAUUUUGUUCAAGUUUCACAAGAAUUUAUUGAAGAUGAUUUUAAUUUAACUGGUUUAUCUUCGCAAGUUCCAUAUUAUAGAGAAGCGUUAUAUACAAUACUAGAUUAUCAAGUAGAAACAGCAGAAGAUAAAAAUGGAAACAAUAACACCAACACUACCGAAUCAUCAAAGAAAACAGAAUUACCAAAUAAGGCACUUUUAGCUCAUUCAGCAGAGUUACUUUAUGGCCUCAUACAUGCUCGUUAUAUAGUUUCGAAGCAAGGUUUAACUGCCAUGGCUUCAAAAUUUGAAAGAAAUGAUUUUGGUUCAUGUCCAAGAUAUUUUUGUGAUGGUAUGCAUUUGAUACCGGUUGGUUCAACAGAUAUCCCGGGACAAGAAACUGUUCGAUUAUAUUGUCCAUGUUGUAAUGAUAUUUAUAUUCCUUCAAGUUCAAGAUAUUUAAAUAUUGAUGGGGCUUUUUUCGGUACUACUUUCCCUGGUUUAUUAGUCAAAAUGUUUCCAGAGAUUGAAAACCAUUGUAAGAUAAGAAUAAAUAAAUUUUCAUCGAAUGAUUUUGGUUUAAAAUUAUUUGGUUUUAAAAUUAAUGAAUUAAGUGCCACGGGGCCAAGAAUGAAAUGGUUAAGAAUGCAUCCAAAAACUGAAUUAGAAAAAUUGGAAUAUGAAAAAUGUGAAUAUGAUAUACCGAAAAUUAUAAAUGAAGAAGAAGAAGAACAAGAUAUUGAUGAUGAUGAUGAUAUAGAGGAAGAAGAUGAUGAGGAGAUGGAUGAUGAUGUAGAGGAGGCUGAUGAUAAAACAAUGGCAAGUGAGUAA